CGUCACCGGAUAUGCAAUAUAUGGAACCGCCUGCGCAACAGAUGGUAAUGAUGAGUGGUUACGGCUGCGGGUAUGGGCGCAGUGACGCCAUAUCCCCUGCAUCCGACCUUUCGUCGUGCAGCAGUGCCUCUUCAGGGGCAUGGUGUGGCUCUACUUGGCGGGAGCUUCCACCUUACUCCCAGUACCCCGCUUACUGGCCAACUACCACUGUGACUGAGGAUACAAGAGAACUACAACGUCGUUGUGCUAAAUGCCGCUGCCCCAACUGCCUAACUGAAGCCGCCGGUUUUGGACCGAACUACGGGAAGGAUGGUGCGAAGCGCGAACAUGUGUGUCACGUUCCCGGUUGUGGAAAAGUGUACGGCAAAACAUCUCACCUCAAAGCCCAUCUCCGUUGGCACACCGGUGAACGACCAUUUGUGUGCAACUGGCUAUUUUGUGGAAAGCGAUUCACACGCUCGGAUGAAUUGCAACGCCACUUACGCACACACACGGGAGAAAAGAGGUUCGCGUGUCAGCUAUGCACUAAGCGUUUCAUGCGUUCCGAUCAUCUCGCGAAGCAUGUGAAAACUCACGCAAAUGGCUCCAGAAAAGCAAAAAAGCCCAAAGAGGAUGAAAAAAUGGAAACGAAACCCGCUGAAGAAAAAUGUGAACAGCCAGUACAAGUAAGAAGUGAAACCAAUGUUCCAGCGUCAGCUAACGUUGGAAGUUCAAAUUACGGAACAGUGCCAAUUGCAAGUGCGCCUAAACAAAUGUUGAAUUACGCAUCAUCAGCGCCCCAUGUUCCUAAUACGAAUAACUUCCAUAGCGGCGCAAUGUUCAGCAACGGUGUUGUGUAUGGCAGUGGCUGGUGUACGGAUGUGCGUCAAGACACUUUAUACCCUCGAGCACCAGCGAGAGAUCCUCGCUUUUACCAGCAUUACGCACCAUUAACUUAUCAAUGUGCUUCAAAGGACAACUACAUGUUCCAAGGACAUUAUAGCCUACAACCACCAGUUGCCAUCGGCCAAUAAUACCAGUGAUUUUUCUUACGCGAAGUGUUAAAGACAAUAUGCUUUAGUUAAAUAUGUUUACUUUUAGUUAUUGUUAAGU